ACAUCGUUAGCACGUUGAGGCCGGAUGAGAAGGCCAUCAUGACUUAUGUGUCGUGUUAUUACCACGCCUUCUCAGGCAAGCAGAAGGUGAGCUCCUCCCUCUAGUUUCUAGUCCUUCUAGACCACUAGAAGACCACCAUACCAAAAGUAUUGUACCACUAGAGACCAUAAUAAUGCUAUUCCACUAGAGACCAUACUAGUCCUAUACGCUAGAGACCAUAAUAGUCCUAUGUCGCUAGAGACCAUAAUAGUCCAAUAAGCUAGGGGCCAUAAUAGUCCUAUUCGUUAGAGACCAUAAUAGUCCUAUAUUGCAGGGACCAUAAUAGUCCUAUACUGUUAGAGACCAUAAUAGUCCUAUAUUGCAGGGACCAUAAUAGUCCUAUACUGUUAGGGACCAUAAUAGUCCUAUACCACUAGGGACCAUAAUAGUGCUAUACGCUAGAGACCAUAAUAGUCCUAUACCAUUAGGGACCAUAAUAGUCCUAUACGACAGGGGACCAUAAUAGUCCUAUACUGUUAGGGGCCAUAAUAGUCCUAUACCAUUAGGGACCAUAAUAGUCCUAUACCACUAGGGACCAUAAUAGUCCUAUACCAUUAGGGACCAUAAUAGUCCUAUACCACUAGGGACCAUAAUAGUGCUAUACGCUAGAGACCAUAAUAGUCCUAUACCAUUAGGGACCAUAAUAGUCCUAUACAACAGGGGAACAUAAUAGUCCUAUACUGUUAGGGACCAUAAUAGUGCUAUACGCUAGAGACCAUAAUAGUCCUAUACCAUUAGGGACCAUAAUAGUCCUAUACAACAGGGGACCGUAAUAGUCCUAUACUGUUAGGGACCAUCAUAGUGCUAUACGCUAGAGACCAUAAUACUCCUAUACCAUUAGGGACCAUAAUAGUCCUAUACAACAGGGGACCAUAAUAGUCCUAUACCAUUAGGGACCAUAAUAGUCCUAUACCAUUAGGGACCAUAAUAGUCCUAUACCAUUAGGGACCAUAAUAGUCCUAUACCAUUAGGGACCAUAAUAGUCCUAUACCACUGGUGACCGUAAUAGUCCUAUACCAUUAGGGACCAUAAUAGUCCUAUGCCGCUAGGGACCAUAAUAGUCCUAUACCACUAGGGACCAUAAUAGUCCUAUACCAUUAGGGACCAUAAUAGUCCUAUACCAUUAGGGACCAUAAUAGUCCUAUACCAUUAGGACCAUAAUAGUCCUAUGCCGCUAGGGACCAUAAUAGUCCUAUACCACUAGGGACCGUAAUAGUCCUAUACCAUUAGGGACCAUAAUAGUCCUAUACCGCUGGGGAACAUAAUAGUCCUAUACCAUCGGGGACCAUAAUAGUUAUAUACCACUGGGGACCAUAAUAGUCCUAUACCAUUAGGGACCAUAAUAGUCCUAUACCACUGGGGACCAUAAUAGUCCUAUAGCGCUAGAGACCAUAAUAGUCCUAUACUGCUAGAGACCAUAAUAGUCCUAUACCAUCAGGGACCAUAAUAGUCCUAUACCGCUGGGGACAAUAAUAGUCCUAUACCACCAGAGACAUUAAUAGUCCUAUACCACUGGGGACCAUAAUAGCCCUAUACCAUCAGGGGCCAUAAUAGUCAUAUACCACUGGGGGCCAUAAUAGCCCUAUACCAUUAGGGACCAUAAUAGUCAUAUGCCGCUGGGGACCAUAAUAGUCCUAUACCGCUGGGGACCAUAAUAGUCCUAUGGUCCUGGAGACCAUAAUAGUCCUAUACCAUUUGGGACAAUAAUAGUCCUAUUCUGCUGGGAACCAUAAUAGUCCUAUGCCGUUAGAGACCCUAAUAGUCCUAUACCACUGGGGGCCAUAAUAGUCCUAUACCGUUAGAGACCAUAAUAGUCCUAUACCGCCAGAGACCAUAAUAGUCCUAUACCAUUAGGGACCAUAAUAGUCCUAUACCACAGGGGACCAUAAUAGUCCUAUACCAGUGGGGACCAUAAUAGUCCUAUACCGUUAGAGAUCAUAAUAGUCCUAUGCCGCUGGGGACCAUAAUAGUCCUAUACCAUUAGGGACCAUAAUAGUCCUAUACCGCUGGGGACCAUAAUAGUCCCAUACCACUGGGGACCAUAAUAGUCCUAUACCGCUGGGGACCAUAAUAGUCCCAUACCACUGGGGACCAUAAUAGUCCCAUACCACUGGGGACCAUAAUAGUCCUAUACCGCUAGAGACCAUAAUAGUCCUAUACCGCUGGGGACCAUAAUAGUCCUAUACCGCUGGGGGUCAUAAUAGUCCCAUACCACUGGGGACCAUAAUAGUCCUAUACUGCUAGAGACCAUAAUAGUCCUAUACCGCUGGGGACCAUAAUAGUCCUAUAUCGCUGGGGACCAUAAUAGUCCUAUACCGCUAGACUAUGAUAGUCCUAUACCGCUGGGGACCAUAAUAGUCCCAUACCGCUGGGGACCAUAAUAGUCCCAUACCACUGGGGACCAUAAUAGUCCUAUACCGCUAGAGACCAUAAUAGUCCUAUACAGCUGGGGACCAUAAUAGUCCUAUACCACUGGGGACCAUAAUAGUCCUAUACCGCUAGAGACCAUAAUAGUCCUAUACCGCUGGGGACCAUAAUAGUCCUAUACCGCUAGAGACCAUAAUAGUCCUAUACCGCUAGAGACCAUAAUAGUCCUAUACCGUUGGGGACCAUAAUAGUCCUAUAUGCUAGGGACCAUAAUAGUCCUAUAUGCUAGGGACCAUAAUAGUCCUAUAUGCUAGGGACCAUAAUAGUCCUAUACCGCUGGGGACCAUAAUAUUGGUUUAUUGGUUUACCUGGAUCCCCAUUAGCGUUUGCCGAUGCAGCAGCUAUUCUUACUGGGGUCCACAAAAAAACAAAACAUGACAAGUAACAAAACAGUGGUACACUGAUAGACAAGGACAGUCACACAAAUGUAAAAUACAACAAUACACAAACAAUACAACAACAAAAAUUAUAAUAAUACAAACAAUAAAACAACAAAUUAUAUGUGUGUCUGUGUGUGCGUGUAUUUGUGCGUCUCCUCACAGUCCCCACCGUUCUAUGAAAUGUUGUUUAAUCUUUUUGUUAAAGGUCAUUUUGGUUUUUGCUUGAGUAAUUGGAGAUGGAAGGGAGUUCCAUGCGGUCAUUGCUCUGUAUUGUACUGUGCGUUGCUGUGAAUUCGUUUUGGACUUGGGGACUGUGAAGAGACCCCUGGUGGUAUGUCUUGUGGGGUGUGUAUGGGUGUCUGAGCUGAAUGUUAUUUGAUUAUGCAGGCAAUCUAGAAUUUCCUCACAGUAAUAUUUCUCAUAAAAACUAGAAGAGAAGCAGUUAAUCUCUCGUCAACCCUCAACCAGGAAAGACUGUCAUGCAUGUUGUUGAUGUUAGUUCUGUAUGUGCAGUUAAGGGCAAGGCGUGCUGCUCUGUUUUGAGUCAGCUGCAGCUUUGCUAGGUCUUUCUUUGCUGCACUUGACCAUAUUAACGGACAGUAAUCAGGAUGGGACAAGACCAGUGCCUUCAAAAAUGCAUAACAUAUUUUUAUAACAGACAUACCCCUCCCCGUCUUCACAACAACUUUGUCAAUAUGACUUGACCAUGAUAAUUGACCAUCCAAUGUUAUACCUAGGAGUUUAGCUUCCUCAACUUGCUCAAUGGUCACAACCUUUAUGCACAACUCCAGCUGAAGUUUAAGAGAAUGUUUUGAACCAAAUGCAAUGCUUUUAGUUUUAGAUGUAUUUACAGUGCAUUCGGAAAGUGUUCAGACCCCUUAACUUUUUCAACAUUUUGUUACGUUACAGCCUUAUUCUAAAAUUGAUUAAAUUGUUUUUUUCCCCUCGUCAAUCUACACACUAUACCCCAUAAUGACAAUGCAAAAAAUAAAUAAAAAAUAAAUGAAAUAUCACCUUUACAUAAGUAUUCACACCCUUUACUCAGUACUAUGUUGGGUAUGACGCUACAAGCUUGGCACACCUGUAUUUGGGGAGUUUCUCCCAUUCUUCUCUCCAGAUCCUCUCAAGCUCUGUCAGGUUAGAUGGGGAGUGUUGCUGCACAGCUAUUUUCAGGUCUCUCCGGAGAUGUUCAAUCGGGUUCAAGUCAGGGCUCUUGCUGGGCCACUCAAGGACAUUUAGAGACUUGUCCCGAAGCUACUCCUGCAUUGUCUUGGCUGUGUGCUUAGGGGCGUUGUCCUGUUGGAAGGUGAACCUUCGCCCUAGUCUGAGGUCCUGAGCACUCUGGAGCAGGUUUUCAUCAAGGAUCUCUCUGUACGUUGCUCCGUUCAUCUUUCCCUCAAUCCUGACUAGUGUCCCAGUCCCUGCUGCUGAAAACAUCCCCACAACAUGAUGCUGCCACCACCAUGCUUCACCGUAGGGAUGGCGCCAGGUUUCCUCCAGACCUGACGCUUGGCAUUCAGGCCAAAGAGUUCAAUCUUGGUUUCAUCAGACCAGAGAAUCUUGUUUUUCAUUGUCUGAGAGUCCUUUAGGUGCCUUUUGGCAAACUCCAUGCGGGCUGUCAUGUGCCUUUUACUGAGGAGUGGCUUCCAUCUGGCCACUCUACCAUAAAGGCCGGAUUGGUGGAGUGUUGCAGAGAUGGUUGUCCUUCUGGAAGGUUCUCCCAUCUCCACAAAGGAACUCUGGAGCUCUGUCAGAGGGACCAUCAGGUUCUUGGUUACCUCCCUGACCAAGGCCCUUCUCCCCCGAUUGCUCAGUUUGGCUGGGCGGCCAGCUCUAGGAAGAGUCUUGGUGGUUCCAAACUUCUUCCAUUUAAGAAUGAUGGAGGCCACUGUGUUCUUGGGGACCUUCAAUGCAGCAGACAUUUUUUGGUACCCUUCCCCAGAUCUGUGCCUCGACGCAAUCCUGUCUCAGAGCUCUACGGACAAUUCCUUCGAUCUCAUGGCUUGGUUUUGCUCUGACAUGCACUGUCAACUGUGGGACCUUAUAUAGACAGGUGUGUGCCUUUCCAAAUCAUGUUCAAACAAUUGAAUUUACCACAGGUGGACUCCAAUCAAGUUGUAGAAACAUCUCAAGGAUGAUCAAUGGAAACAGGACGCACCUGAGCUCAAUUUCGAGUCUCAUAGGAAAGGGUCUGAAUACUUAUGUAAAUAAGGUAUUUCUGUGUUUUUAUUUUUAAUAUUUUGUCAUUAUGGGUUAUUGUGUAGAUUGAUUAAAAAAAGUACAAAAAUAAUCAAUUUCAGAAUAAGACCAUAACGUAACAAAAUUUGGAAAAAGUCAAGGGGUCUGAAUACUUUCCGAAUGCACUGUAAGACCAGUUUAUUAUUAAUCCCCCAUUCUGAUACUGACUGUAACUCCUUACUUAGAAUUUCAGUGAGUUCUCACUGGCUUUGGGUGGUGGCAUGUAGAGUGUGGAAUCAUCCACAUACAUAGUCAUUCUAGCUUCGUGUGAGACCAGUGGAAAAUCAUUUGUAUAAAUAGAGAAGCGUAAUGGCCCAAGGCAACUGCCCUGAGGGACGCCGCACUGUACAUAUCUGAUGUUAAAGAAGCUUUCACUGAAGAACACUCUCUGGGUUCUAUUGGAUAAAUAAUUCUCCAACCAUGUGAUGGCAGGUGAUGUAAAGCCAUAGCAAGUGAUCUUUUUCAAUAACAAUUUAUGAUCAAUAACAUCAAAGGCUGCACUGAAAUAUAACACUACAGCUCCAACUAUCAACGUAUUAUUCAUGUAUUUUAACCAAUCAUCUGUCAUCUGAGCCAGUGCAGUACAAGUUGAGUGCCCUUGUCUAUAUGCAUGCUGAAAGUCAGUAGUUAACUUGUUCUCUGUAAAAUAGCAUUGUAUAUGGUCAAACACAAUUCUCUCCAUUAGUUUAAUAAGAACACGCAGCAAACUGAUUGGGUGGCUGUUAGAGCCAGCAAAGGGCACUUUACUAUUGUUAGGCAGUGGAAUUACUUUAGCUUCCUUCCACGCCUGUGGACACACCCCCUCCUUUAGGCUUUGGUUAAAGAUGGAGCAAAUAGGGGUGGCAAUACAGUCUGCUACCAUUCUCAAUGGUUUCCCAUCAAGGUUGUCUAUACCUGGUGGCUUAUCAUUAUUGAUGGAUAACAAUCGUUUUUUCCACCUCUCCCAGACGUACUUGACCAAAUUCAAAACAGCAAUCCUUCUCUUUCAUUAUUAGAUAUUUUAUACCAAAAUAUAAUUCAAUGUUGUCAUUUCACCUCUGAAUGUUUUCCACUUUACUGAAAUAGUCAAUGAAAUGAUUGCCAAUAUCGAAAGGUUUUGUUAUAAAUCACCCAUCAACUUCAAUGAACGACGGAGAUCAAUUGGGUUUUCUGCCCAUGUUAUCAUUUAAGGUACUCCAAAGUAUUUUUCCAUUGUGUUUUAUGUCAUUUAUCUUGGUUUGGUAACGUCAUUUAUUUAUAUUUUUGUUACGUUUAGUCACAAAGUUUCUCAAUUUACAGUGUGUCAACCAAUCAGCUGAGCAGCCUGACUUGUUUGCCACCUCUUUUGCAUAAUUUCUUUGAACCAAUCCAGAGGGCUCAAACAGUUCUCAGUUAGUUUCUUAACAGGUGCAUGCUGGUCAACAAUUGGCGUGAAUAAUUGUACAAAAUACUUCCAGUACUGCAUCUGGAUUCACUUCCUCAUACACAUCAGACCAACAUACAUUUUUACACCCUCAACAAGAGUCCUGAGAAAAUGUUGUAUGAUCUCUUAAAAAUUACUUUAGUCCCAACCUUUUGGCAUUUUGGCUUUCCUUGUUAUUGCCACAAUGUUAUGGUCACUACAGUCAAUGGGAACUGAUAUUGCUUUGGCGCAAAGCUCUGCAGCAUUAGUGAAUAUAUGAUCAAUACAAGUGGAUGUCACAGAUCCAACACUAUUGGUAUGCACUCUAGUUGGUUGAGUGAUAACAUGGGUCAUAUUACAGGCAUUAGUCACAGUUAGAAGCUUCCUGUUGAGAGGGCAGAUAGUUGCCAACCAGUCAAAGUUCAGGUCACCCAGAAAAUAGACCUCUCUGUUAACAUCACACUAUCAAGCAUUUCACACACAUUUUCUAGAUACUGACUGUUAGCACUUGCUUUAGAUGAGGAGGGUAUACCUGCAACCACAACACUUCAAUUACACUUGACAUGAGAUCUUCUCUAAACAUUACAGGAAUAUGGCUCUGAAUAUAUACAGCAACACCUCCCCCAUAAGCAUUCCUGUCUCUUCUGUAGAUGUUAUAUCCUUGUAUUGCUACUGCUGUAUCAAAGGAAUUAUCUAAGUGAGUCUCAGACAUGGAUAAUAUAUUAAUGUUAUCCGAUGUUAGCAAGUUAUUGAUUUCAUGAAUCUUAUUUCUAAGGCUACAUAUAUUAAUACGGGCUAUUUUCAGCCCUUUCCUGGGUAGCUAAUCAGAGAUAGACAUAAUAUGGAAAAUAACAAACAAAGCAAGAGAAAAAAAAAAACAUUAUUCAGCAUUCCAUCAACCAGUUGGUGUGUGUAAGUGUGUGUUUGCUGCGGGGUUGACGCUACGAAACCACAGGCCUGGCUCUCUCAUCCCUUCCAGUCCUAGACCACCAUACCAUAGUCCAGGGGUAUUCAACUCUUACCCUACGAGGCCCGGAGCCUGCUGGUUUUCUGUUCUACCUGAUAAUUCAUUGCACACACAUGGUGUUCCCAGGUCUAAAUCAGUCCCUGAUUAGAGGGGAACGAUGAAAGAAACAGUGGAACUGGCUUCGAGGUCCAGAGUUGAGUAUGAUGGCCAUAGUCCUUCCAAUAGUCCAACCACUAGACCACUAUACCAUAGUCCUUCCAAUAGUCCUACCACUAGACCACCAUACCAUAGUCCUUCCAAUAGCCCUACCACUACACCGCCAUGCCAUAGUCCUUCCAAUAGUCCUACCACUGCACCACCAUACCAUAGUCCUUCCAAUAGUCCUAACACUAGACCGCCAUACCAUAGUCCUUCCAAUAGUCCUACCAUUGCACCGCCAUGCAAUAGUCCUUCCAAUAGCCCUACCACUACACCGCCAUGCAAUAGUCCUUCCAAUAGCCCUACCACUGCACCACCAUACCAUAGUCCUUCCAAUAGUCCUACCAUUGCACCGCCAUGCAAUAGUCCUUCCAAUAGCCCUACCACUACACCGCCAUGCCAUAGUCCUUCCAAUAGUCCAACCACUAGACCACUAUACCAUAGUCCUUCCAAUAGUCCUACCACUAGACCACCAUACCAUAGUCCUUCCAAUAGCCCUACCACUACACCGCCAUGCCAUAGUCCUACCACUGCACCACCAUACCAUAGUCCUUCCAAUAGUCCUAACACUAGACCGCCAUACCAUAGUCCUUCCAAUAGUCCUACCAUUGCACCGCCAUGCAAUAGUCCUUCCAAUAGCCCUACCACUACACCGCCAUGCAAUAGUCCUUCCAAUAACCCUACCACUGCACCACCAUACCAUAGUCCUUCCAAUAGUCCUACCAUUGCACCGCCAUGCAAUAGUCCUUCCAAUAGCCCUACCACUACACCGCCAUGCAAUAGUCCUUCCAAUAGCCCUACCACUACACCACCAUACCAUAGUCCUUCCAAUAGUCCUACCACUACACCACCAUGCCAAUAGUCCUACUAUGGUACUACCACUAGACAAGACCACCAUAGUCAUACCUUGAUAGCCCUAUACCACUAGAAGAUCACCACUUCAUCAGUUCUACUACUAUCCUACCAGUGGAGGUACCUCAGAGGAGGAAGGGGAGGACCAUCUUCAGUGAAUUUCAUAAAAAUAAAAAUAGUGAAACAUUAAAAAAGUUAUCAUUUUUAGAUAAAACGAUAAUAAAUAUAUUCAUUAUCACCAAAUAAUUGAUUUAAACACACUGUUUUGCAAUGAAGGUCUACAGUAGCCUCAACAGCACUCUGUAGGGUAGCACCAUGGUGUAGCCGGAGGACAGCUACUUUCCGUCCUCCUCUGGGUACAUUGACUUCAAUACAAAACCUAGGAGGCUCGUGGUUCUCACCCCCUUCCAUAGACUUACAUAGUAAUUAUGACAACUUCCGCAACUUCCGGAGGGCGUCCUCCAACCUAUCAGAGCUCUUGCAGCAUGAACUGACAUGUUGUCCACCCAAUCAAAGGAUCAGAGAAUGAAUCUAGUACUGAAAGCAUAAGCUACAGCUAGCUAGUACUGCAGUGCAUAAAAUGUGGUGAGUAGUUGACUCAAAGAGAGAGAAAGACAAUAGUUGAACAGUUUUUAACACUGAAGGGGAAGCAAGAGAGAGAGAGAGAGCUAGCUAUAUUUCAUAUUUAUUUUCAGUUUCACUUACUUAGCUAGCGAAUGCAGCUAGCUAGUUUAGCCUACUCAAACAGAAAGGUAUGCUAUGUUAGCUAGCUGGCUAUGGCUAUCCAACACUGGAACAAGGUAAGCUUUUGGUUUUAUUCAUUUAUUGUCACCGGGGCCUGCCAGUGUAACUGCUAAAAUGCUCUCUCACUGUACUGCGUGAUUGUAGUGGGUUUACUAACACGUUAGUUCUAGUAGCUAUGUUGACUAUGACAUUAGCUAAUAUGGUGACAAUGAUGUAGGUAGUCUGUGGUUAGCGGUUAGCGGUUAUGAUAUGAAGGUUUGGCUUGGAGAGGUUUUUUCGCCUGGUCACAGACCGCUGAUGUGUUGUGCACUGAAGUCCACAAGCGAAGGGAAAAGGUGAGAGGAGGAGAGCGCGUAGAUGCGAGAAAUAAUUAUACAACGAUCAAAGGGAUCAUGCUGUUUGUAUGUGGCUUCUAUGGAAGUGAACUGUGUUUGCAUGUGAUCAGGGGUGUAUUCAUUUCGCCAAUUCUGUUGAAAAACGUUUAAACGGAAGCAAACAGAAUGAAACUGGGAUAAACAUACCUGAGUUUGUCCAAUAGAAACUCUCAUUUGCAACUGUUGGACUAAUGAUUACAGGCAAGAGUGUGCAAGGCGGUAUUGAAUGUGUCAAUGUCUGUCAUCUUGAUUACUAAAAUGUAUCUCGACCUGUGCACCUACGUUGUAAACUUUAAUUCAUAGGCUAGGUUGUAGCAACCUCAUGAUGGGUAUAGGGAACAUUAGAGUAUCAUGUAGUAGCCUAAACCCAUCGCUGUUAAAUUGAGCUGAGUGAAUGGAAUAUGAAUGACAGUCAUCCAAUAUGCUGUAAUAGAAAUAAGGUCAUACUCAUAAAAACAAUAAUUGUCCUCCCUAAUCUUAAACGGCACCGACCGCCACUGUAUCCUACCCUAGUCCUAUACCACUAUAUCACCAAACCAUACCACACCAUCCACCGUCUCUAACUAUUGGUCCACUCAUAGGAAGCCGGUCGUGGCAGUCUGCAGUCAGCUUGUAUCAGUGUCUCUUUGUGACGGCACGUGGCAUUCGAUGACGCUCAGAGUCACAGUGUGUUCCCCUGUUUAGCCUGUUAACCAUGAGUCACAGUGUGUUCCCCUGUUUAGCCUGGUAACCAUGAGUCACAGUGUGUUCCCCUGUUUAGCCUGUUAACCAUGAGUCACAGUGUGUUCCCCUGUUUAGCCUGUUAACCAUGAGUCACAGUGUGUUCCCCUGUUUAGCCUGUUAACCAUGAGUCACAGUGUGUUCCCCUGUUUAGCCUGGUAACCAUGAGUCACAGUGUGUUCCCCUGUUUAGCCUGUUAACCAUGAGUCACAGUGUGUUCCCCCUGUUUAGCCUGUUAACCAUGAGUCACAGUGUGUUCCCCUGUUUAGCCUGUUAACCAUGAGUCACAGUGUGUUCCCCUGUUUAGCCUGUUAACCAUGAGUCACAGUGUGUUCCCCUGUUUAGCCUGUUAACCAUGAGUCACAGUGUGUUCCCCUGUUUAGCCUGGUAACCAUGAGUCACAGUGUGUUCCCCUGUUUAGCCUGGUAACCAUGAGUCACAGUGUGUUCCCCUGUUUAGCCUGGUAAACCAUGAGUCACAGUGUGUUCCCCUGUUUAGCCUGUUAACCAUGAGUCACAGUGUGUUCCCCUGUUUAGCCUGGUAACCAUGAGUCACAGUGUGUUCCCCUGUUUAGCCUGUUAACCAUGAGUCACAGUGUGUUCCCCUGUUUAGCCUGGUUAACCAUGAGUCCACAGUGUGUUCCCCUGUUUAGCCUGUUAACCAUGAGUCACAGUGUGUUCCCCCUGUUUAGCCUGUUAACCAUGAGUCACAGUGUGUUCCCCUGUUUAGCCUGUUAACCAUGAGUCACAGUGUGUUCCCCUGUUUAGGUAAACCAUGAGUCACAGUGUGUUCCCUGUUUAGCCUGGUUAAUCCCAUGAGUUCACAGUGUGUUCCCCUGUUUAGCCGUAACCAUGAGUCACAGUGUGUUUCCCCUGUUUAGCCCUGGUAACACCAGGAGUCACAGUGUUUCCCCUGUUUUAGCCUGGUAACCAUGAGUUCACAGUGUUUGUUCCCGUUUUUAGCCUGUAACCAGAGUCACAGUGUGUUCCCCUGUUUAGAGCCUGUUAACCAUGAGUCAACAGUGUGUCCCCCUGGUAGCCUGUAAACAUGAUCACAGGGUGUUCCCCUGUUUAGCCUGUUAACCCAUGAUUCACAGUGUGGUUCCCCCCCGUUUUAGCCUGUUAACCAUGAUCACAGUGUUGUUCCCCCUGUUUAGAGCCUUUAACCAUGAGUCACAGUGUGUUCCCCUGUUUACCUGGUAAACCAUGAGUCACAGUGUGUUCCCCUGUUUAGCCUGUACCAUGAGUCACAUUUAGCCAUAAUCCCAUGUUUAGUAAGCCUAUUAACCAUUAGUCAGCAUGGUACCUAAGUGUCCUCAAUGUCAGGCCAUGGAUCAGCAGGGCAUGAGUAUACAGUAUACAAACAACAGACAUCACAUUUACCAAUACAAUGAAUCACCCAAGCCACCAAUACAAUGAAUCAUCCAAGCCACCAAUACAAUGAAUCAUCCAAGCCACCAAUACAAUGAAUCAUCCAAGCCACCAAUACAAUGAAUCACCCAAGCCGUGGUCCUCUGUAGCUCAGCUGGUAGAGCACGGCGCUUGUAACGCCAAGGUAUGGGGUUCGAUCCCCCGGGACCACCCUACACAAAAAUGUAUGCACCAUGACUGUAAGUCGCUUUGAUAAAAGCGUCUGCUAAAUGGCAUAUUAUUAUUAUUAUAAGCCACCAAUACAAUGAAUCACCCAGCCCCAAUACAUUGAAUCACCCAAGCCACCAAACAAUGAAUCAAUCCAAGCCACCAAUACAAAUGAAUCAUCCAACCACCAAUACACAUGAUCACCCAGCCACCAAAACAAUGAAUCAUCCAAGCCACCAAUACAAUGAAUCACCCAAGCCACCAAUACAAUGAAUCACCCAAGCCACCAAUACAAUGAAUCACCCAAGCCACCAAUACAAUGAAUCACCCAAGCCACCAAUACAAUGAAUCACCCAAGCCACCAAUACAAUGAAUCACCCAAGCCACCAAUACAAUGAAUCAUCCAAGCCACCAAUACAAUGAAUCACCCAAGCCACCAAUACAAUUAAUCACCCAAGCCACCAAUACAAUGAAUCAUCCAAGCCACCUAUACAAUGAAUCACCCAAGCCACCAAUACAAUGAAUCACCCAAGCCACCAAUAAGUGCUGUGUUUGUUGAAUGUCCUUCCCUAUAAGCGUGCUGAAAGUCUGUUGUCAAUUUGUUUACUGUAAAAUAGCAUUGUAUCUGGUCAAACACAAUUUUUUCCAAAAGUUUACUAAGUGUUGGUAACAGGCUGAUUGGUCGGCUAUUUGAGCCAGUAAAGGGGGCUUUACUAUUCUUGGGUAGCGGAAUGACUUUUGCUUCCCUCCAGGCCUGAGGGCACACACUUUCUAGUAGGCUUAGAUUGAAGAUAUGGCAAAUAGGAGUGGCAAUAUCGACCACUAUUAUCGUCAGUAAUUUUCCAUCCAAGUUGUCAAACCCCGGUGGCUUGUCACUGUUGAUCGACAACAAUACUUUUUUUCACCUCUUCCACACUCACUUUACGGAAUUCAAAGUUACAAUGCUUGUCUUUCAAAAAUUGGGCAGAUAUACUUGGAUGUGUAGUGUCAGCAUUUGUUGCUGGCGUGUCAUGCCUAAGUUUGCUAAUCUUGCCAAUGAAAAAAAUCAUUAAAAGUAGUUGGGCAAUAUCAGUGGGUUUAAUAGGGAAAGUAAUGUGAGUAUAAUCAGUACAGAGGCAGAAGGCCAUUUCUUGCUCUUAGAGACAUUACAUUAGUAUGUCUAUUUGGGAUUCUGGAUGCAGCACUGCAGUCAGAGCAAAAUAUUUUCUGUCCAAUUACGCUGCGUUUGUACAACACACAAAUGUACACAGUCGAACAGCAACCUCUGAUUCUGCAUGUUUGCCUGUAAGCUUUACUGUAUCUUUUAAAAAACAAAAACAAAAAAAAACAUCUCCUGUUGAUGGAAGAGGGAUGUCGCUCUCUGUCUCUGAUGAAUCUAUAAGGAAAUAUGUACAUGUAAUAAAGACAGACAGGACAUGUUAUAAAGACAGGACAUGUUAUAAAGACAGACAGGACAUGUUAUAAAGACAGACAGGACAUGUUAUAAAGACAGACAGGACACGUUAUAAAGACAGACAGGACAUGUUAUAAAGACAGACAGGACACGUUAUAAAGACAGACAGGACACGUUAUAAAGACAGACAGGACAUGUUAUAAAGACAGACAGGACAUGUUAUAAAGACAGACAGGACAUGUUAUAAAGACAGACAGGACAUGUUAUAAAGACAGACAGGACAUGUUAUAAAGACAGACAGGACACGUUAUAAAGACAGACAGGACAUGUUAUAAAGACAGACAGGACAUGUUAUAAAGACAGACAGGACACGUUAUAAAGACAGACAGGACACGUUAUAAAGACAGACAGGACAUGUUAUAAAGACAGACAGGACACGUUAUAAAGACAGACAGGACAUGUUAUAAAGACAGACAGGACAUGUUAUAAAGACAGACAGGACAUGUUAUAAAGACAGACAGGACAUGUUAUAAAGACAGGACAUGUUAUAAAGACAGACAGGACAUGUUAUAAAGACAGACAGGACAUGUUAUAAAGACAGACAGGACAUGUUAUAAAGACAGACAGGACAUGUUAUAAAGACAGACAGGACACGUUAUAAAGACAGACAGGACAUGUUAUAAAGACAGACAGGACAUGUUAUAAAGACAGACAGGACAUGUUAUAAAGACAGACAGGACAUGUUAUAAAGACAGACAGGACAUGUUAUAAAGACAGACAGGACAUGUUAUAAAGACAGACAGGACACGUUAUAAAUGCAGACAGGACACGUUAUAAAUGCAGACAGGACAUGUAAUAGAAGUGCUGCUCUUCUCUUCUCUCAGUAGGCUGUUUCACGCAGCUCAGCACCUGCAUGUAGGUGGAGACAGGCCAUAGAAUGACAUUAUACUAUUCUAUAAAAAGACACUGGUGCAGAGAGGAAUGUGCCCUAGGACAGUGGUUCCCCCUUCCAUCAUUGGGGAGGAUUAGGGUUAUUUCUAUGGGCACAAGCAGUGUCCAUGACACAAACUGUUCACACCCCUCUUGUUGGCAGAGAGAACAUUUUGCAGUUUUAAAGCUUAUUUCCUGCAAUUCUAAACAUUUUGCCAUGUGGUGGAGAAAACAUUUUGCAGUUUUAAAGCUAAUUUCCUGCAAUACUAAACAUUUUGCCAUGUGGUGGAGAAAACAUUUGGCAUUUUUAAAGCUAAUUUCCUGCAAUACUAAACAUUUUGCCAUGUGGUGGAGAAAACAUUUGGCAUUUUUAAAGCUAAUUUCCUGCAAUUCUACACGUUUCUAGUUAGAUAUCUAGAGAGAGAGGGAGAAAGAGUUAGAUAUACAGUAUAUAUAGAGAGAGAGUUAGAUAUCUAGAAAGAGAGAGUUACAUAUCGGGAGAGAGAGGGAGCAAGAGAGAGAGAGUUAGAUAUCUAGAGAGAGGGAGAGAGAGAGAGAGAGAGACAGAGAGAGAGAGAGAGUUAGAUGCCUAGAGAGAGAGAGAAAGGGAGAGAGAGAGUUAGAUAUCGAGAGAGAGAGUUAGAUAUCUAGAGAGAGGGAGAGAGAGAGAGUUAGAUAUCUAGAGAGAGAGAGAGAGAGAGAGACAGAGAGAGAGAGAGUUAGAUGCCUAGAGAGAGAGAGAAAGGGAGAGAGAGAGUUAGAUAUCGAGAGAGAGAGUUAGAUAUCUAGAGAGAGGGAGAGAGAGAGAGUUAGAUAUCUAGAUAGUUUUCUGCAAUGCAACCCAUGAUGUGUUUUGACUGACUACAGUAACAGCACCAGUUCCCAUGGCGAUGAUAGAACGUGUUGACUGUGUUCCUUCCCCUUCCUCCCCCAGGCGGAGACAGCAGCCAAUCGGAUCUGCAAGGUGCUGGCUGUCAACCAGGAGAAUGAGCAGCUGAUGGAGGACUACGAGAAGCUGGCUAGUGAUGUGAGCACCACACCCCUCCUCUGUCCUCCUCCCAAUAAUGCCUCUGCAUCCCCAUCUCCUUACUCUCUGUCCUAAGCCCAGAGGCUGGUUGCUCUGACAGUGUAGAGACUAAGACCUCACCAGGUCACACAACACAAGAUUUUUAGGGUGACGAGUAAGUAUCAGAAAUAUGAGUAAAGCAAUAAAUGAGUCGCUCGGGUCCCAGGCUGUUUGUUGCUAUCAUGUUAGGCAUGACAAGGAGUGGGUGGAAUGAUACCACAAACGGAUCUGGGACCAGGCUAACAAAUAAGAACAGCAGGUAGAAUUGUGCUUUAUUGAAUUAGCUUCUUACAUUCUCACUGUGCUACAUCUAUUAGUUAUUCACUAUUAGUAACAAAAGUCUCUCUCUCUCUCUCUCUCUCUCUCUCUCUCUCUCUCUCUCUCUCUCUCUCUCUCUCUCUCUCUCUCUCUCUCUCUCUGUCUCUGUUUCCAUUCCUUUUCUCAUUGUGUUAACCUCACCUGCUCUACCACUCCUUGCUGUCCCUUCUAUACCUGCCAUGUCUGUCCCCUCUCACUCCUUACCAUCUACCAAUCCUCCCAUUCCUCUCUCUCUCUCUCCUCUCCUCCAAUUAUCCUUCCCCCCCUCUCUGCCUCUCCUCUCCUCUUCCACACCACCUCCCCUCUCUCUUCCUGCUCCUCCACCCCCCAUCCCCCAUAGCUCUUGGAGUGGAUCCGUCGCACCAUCCCGUGGCUGGAGAACCGUGCCCCAGAGAACACCAUGCAGGCUAUGCAGCAGAAGCUGGAAGACUUCAGGGACUAUCGCCGCCAGCACAAGCCCCCCAAGGUUCCAUUCCUGCUGGGGGCCAACACCCACUUGGAUUGUUAUAAUAAUUGUCACUAAUUCCUCAUUCUGUACUUUCUAUUUUAUGAAUCGGGGCACUCGUGUAAAAGAGACAUCGGUCACAAUGGGACUUCCCUGAAUAGGUUUAAUAAUAAUACGAACAAUGUGCGAUUGUGUGACUAAGUCAUUUUGGAUUAAAACGUCUGCUAAGUGAAAUAUAUAAUUAUUAUAUUAAGGUCCAGGAGAAGUGCCAGCUGGAGAUCAACUUCAACACCCUGCAGACCAAACUGAGACUCAGCAACAGACCUGCCUUCAUGCCUUCUGAGGGGAAGAUGGUCUCGGUAGGGAACCUAUGAAGUACACUACACUCCUCUCUCUCUCUCUCUCUCUCUCUCUCUCUCUCUCUCUCUCUCUCUCUCUCUCUCUCUCUCUCUCUCUCUCUCUCUCGCUCUCGCUCUCGCUCUCGCUCUCUCUCUCGAUCUCUCUCUCUCUCUAUCUCGCUCUCUCUCGCUCGCUAUCUCUCUCUCGCUAUCUCUCUCUCUCUCUCUCUCUCUAUAUCUCUCUCCUCUCCUAUCCUCUCUUCUCUCUCUAUCAUCUCUCUCUAUCUCUCUCUAUCUCUCUCUCUCUCUCGCUCUCUCGCUCUCUCUCUCGCUCUCUCUCUCUCGAUCUCUCUCUCUCUAUCUCGCUCUCUAUCUCUCUCUCUCUCUCUCUCGCUCUCGCUCUCGAUCUCUCUCUCUAUCUCUCUCUCUCUCUCUCACUCUCUAUCUCUCUCUCGCUCUCGCUCUCGCUCUCUCUCUCUCUCUCUCUCUCGCUCUCGCUCUCUCUCGCUCUCGCUCUCGCUCUCUCUCUCUCUCGCUCUCGAUCUCUCUCUCUCUCUCUCUCUCUCUCUCGAUCUCUCUCUCUCGCUCUCGCUCUUGCUCUCUCUCUCUCUCUCUCUCGCGCUCUCUCUCGCUCUCUCUCGCUCUCUCGCUCUCUCUCUUUGUCUCUCGCUCUUCCUCUCUCAUCACGCCCACUCUGUUUAAGUUAGUUGUUAUUUACACAGCACAUUUCAGGAGAUCGGCAUCGGUUUGAGCAAGACGCUGCACAGAUUCCCUAAUCUUGAUCACAAAACGAGUAGCUACACUGAACACAAAUAUAAACUCAACAUGUUGGUCCCAUGUUUCAUGAACUGAAAUAAAAGAUCCCAUAAAUGUCCCAUACACAUAAAAAACAUAUUUCUUGUUCAGCAGUCUUAUGGCUUGGGGGUAGAAGCUGUUUAGAAGCCUCUCGGACCUAGACUUGGCGCUCCGGUACCGCUUGCCGUGCGGUAGCAGAGAGAACAGUCUAUGACUAGGGUGGCUGGAGUCUUUGAUAAUUUUUAGGGCCUUCCUCUGACACCGCCUGGUAUAGAGGUCCUGGAUGGCAGGAAGCUUGGCCCCAGUGAUGUACUGGGCCGUACGCACUGCCCUCUGUAGCGCCUUACGGUCAGAUGCUGAGCAGUUGCCAUACCAGGUGGUGAUGCAACCGGUCAGGAUGCUCUCGAUGGUGCAGCUGUAGAACUUUUUGAGGAUCUGGGGACCCAUGCCAAAUCUUUUCAGUCUCCUGAGGGGGAAAAGGUGUUGUCGUGCCCUCUUCACAACUGUCUUGGUGUGUUUGGACCAGGAUAGUUCGUUGGUGAUGUGGACAACAAGGAACUUGAAACUCUCGACCCUCUCCACUUCAGCCCCGUCGAUGUUAAUGGGGGCCUGUUCGGCCCUCCUUUUCCUAUAGUCCACGAUCAGCUCCUUUGUCUUGCUCACAUUGAGGGAGAGGUUGUUGUCCUGGCACCGCACUGCCAGGUCUCUGACCUCCUCCCUAUAGGCUGUCUCAUCAUUGUCGGUGAUCAGGCCUACCACCGUUGUGUCGUCAGCAAACUUAAUGAUGGUGUUGGAGCCGUGCUUGGCCAUGCAGUCAUGGGUGAACAGGGAGUACUGGAGGGGACUGAGCACGCACCCCUGAGGAGCCCCAGUGUUGAGGAUCAGCGUGGCAGAUGUGUUGUUACCUACCCUUACCACCUGGGGGCGGCCCGUCAGGAAGUCCAGGAUCCAGUUGCAGAGUGAGGUGUUUAGUCCCAGGGUCCUUAGCUUAGUGAUGAGCUUUGUGGGCACUAUGGUGUUGAACGCUGAGCUGUAGUCAAUGAACAGCAUUCUCACAUAGGUGUUCCUUUUGUCCAGGUGGGAAAGGGCAGUGUGGAGUGCGAUUGAGAUUGCGUCAUCUGUGGAUCUGUUGGCGCGGUAUGCAAAUUGGAGUGGGUCUAGGGUUUCUGGGAUAAUGGUGUUGAUGUGAGCCAUGAUCAGCUUUUCAAAGACAUGAGUGCUACGGGACGGUAUUCAUUUAGGCAGGUUACCUUGGUGUUCUUGGGCACAGGGACUACGGUGGUCUGCUUGAAACAUGUUGGUAUUACAGACUCGGUCAGGGACAGGUUGAAAAUGUCAGUGAAGACACUUGCCAGUUGGUCCGCCCAUGCUUUGAGUACACGUCCUGGUUAUCCGUCUGACCCCGCGGCCUUGUGAAUGUUGAUCUGCUAAGGAGAGCGUGAUCCACCUGACAGGUGUGGCAUAUCAAGAAGCUGAUUAAACAGCAUGAUAAUUACACAGGUGCACCUUGUGCUGCGUGCUCGUCUUCCUCACCAGGGUCUUGACUUGACUACAGUUCGGCGUCGUAACCGACUUCAGUGUGCAAAUGGUCAUCUUCGAAGACCACUGGCACGCUGGAGAAGUGUGCUCUUCACAGAUGAAUCCCGGUUUCAACUGUACCAGGCAGAUGGCAGACAGCGUGUAUGGUGUCGUGUGGGUGAGAGGUUUGCUGAUGUCAACGUUGUGAACAGAGUGCCCCAUGGUGGCGGUGGGGUUAUGGUAUGGGCAGGCAUAAGCUACGGACAACGAACACGAUGACAUUUUAUCGAUGGCAAUUUGAAUGCACAAGAUCCUGAGGCCCAUUGUGGUGCCAUUCAUCCGCCGCCAUCACCUCAUGUUUCAGCAUGAUAAUGCACGGCCCCAUGUCGCAAGGAUCUGUACACAAUUCCUGGAAGCUGAAAAUGUCCCAGUUCUUCCAUACUCACCAGCCAUGUCACCCAUUGAGCAUGUUUGGGAUGCUCUGGAUUGACGUGUACGACAGCGUGUUCCAGUUCCCGCCAAUAUCCAACAACUUUGCACAGCCAUUGAAGAGGAGUGGGACAACAUUCCACAGGCCACAAUCAACAGCCUGAUCAACUCUAUGCAAAGGAGAUGUCGCGCUGCAUGAGGCAAAUGGUGGUCACACCAGAUACUUACUGGUUUUCUGAUCCACACCCCUACCUGUUUUUUAAGGUAUCUAUGACCAACAGAUGCAUUUCUGUAUUCCCAGUCAUGUGAAAUCCAUAGAUUAGGUCCUAAUGAAUUUAUUUCAAUUGACUGAUUUCCUUACAUGAACUGUAACUCAGUUAAAUCUUAUCUUGUAUUUGGGAUGCAAGAUGAUUUGUAGACCAGUAAUUCUGCGCAGAACCUUGCUCCGGACGAUCAUCUCAAACACCCUGAAGCCUUGUUUCCAUUGGCACUUUAAAUCAGGCCCACAUUCGACACGGCUUGAAUUGGACUUGGCCCUAAAUUCCAAUAGAAACAAAUCUUGAGUGCGGUGACUGGUGACUGGUGACUGGUGACUGAUGACUGGUGACUGGUGACUGGUGACUGGUGUGACUGGUGACUGAUGACUGGUGACUGAUGACUGGUGACUGGUGGUGGUGAUGACGAUGACUGGUGACUGAUGACUGGUGACUGAUGACUGGUGACUGAUGAUGUGACUGAUGACUGGGUGGACUGAUGACUGUGAUGAUGAUGUGACUGGUGACUGAUGACUGGAUGUGACUGAUGGACUGGUGGGACUGGUGACUGAUGACUGGUGACUGAUGACUGAGUGACUGGUGACUGAUGGACUGGUGGAUGACUGGUGGACUGAUGACUGGUGACUGGUGACUGGUGACUGGUGACUGAUGACUGGUGACUGGUGACUGAUGACUGGUGACUGAUGACUGGUGACUGGUGACUGGUGACUGGUGACUGAUGACUGGUGACUGAUGACUGGUGACUGAUGACUGGUGACUGAUGACUGGUGACUGAUGACUGGUGGCUGGUGACAAAUGACUGGUGACUGAUGACUGAUGACUGGUGACUGGUGACUGGUGACUGAUGACUGAUGACUGGUGACUGGUGACUGAUGACUGGUGACUGGUGACUGGUGACUGAUGACUGGUGACUGAUGACUGGUGACAGAUGACUGGUGACUGGUGACUGAUGACUGAUGACUGAUGACUGGUGACUGAUGACUGGUGACUGAUGACUGAUGACUGGUGACUGAUGACUGGUGACUGGUGACUGAUGACUGGUGACUGAUGACUGGUGACUGGUGACUGAUGACUGGUGACUGGUGACUGAUGACUGGUGACUGAUGACUGGUGACAGAUGACUGAUGACUGAUGACUGGUGACUGGUGACUGAUGACUGGUGACAGAUGACUGGUGACUGGUGACUGAUGACUGAUGACUGGUGACAGAUGACUGGUGACAGAUGACUGGUGACUGGUGACUGAUGACUGGUGACUGAUGACUGGUGACAGAUGACUGGUGACUGGUGGCUGGUGACUGGUGACUGGUGACUGUCGGCUGAACCUAUAUGUUGUAUUUCUGCAGGACGUCUCUAAUGCGUGGGGCGGUCUGGAGGGGGCGGAGAAGGGUUAUGAGGAGUGGCUCCUCAACGAGAUCCGUCGGCUGGAGAGACUCGACCACCUGGCCGAGAAGUUCCGCCAGAAAGCAGCCAUCCACGAAACCUGGACUGAAGGUACCAGAACCAUGCUAAGCAAGAACACCUCUUCUGUUUCCGUUUGACCAUUUUAAUUGAAACUAUUAUUAUAAGUGACUUAAUUGUUACCCAGAAAUGAUUUGAUAUGGAAUGUAGGAUCACUGUGUGCAGCACCUUAAAUAUGUAUAAUGUCCUCUGUAAUCUGUUUUUGUUCAACAUAGAUUCUGUAUUAGUGUAAUUACUGUAUACAUUUUCCAGUGAUUUGUGACGCCUGUGAUGUGUGAUGGCUUUGAUGUGUCUCCCCCUGCAGGUAAGGAGGCGAUGCUGCAGGCGCGGGACUUUGAGACAGCCUCUCUGUCUGAGAUCAAGGCUCUGCUGAAGAAACAUGAGGCCUUCGAAAGUGACCUGGCUGCGCACCAGGACCGCGUAGAGCAGAUAGCUGCCAUCGCACAGGAGCUAAAGUAAGGGGGGUGGGAGGGAGGGAGGGAGGGAGGGAGGGAGGGAGGGGGACUUUAUACAAUGAUAGUUAAUGGCAGAUAACCUUCAGUAACAAUGACCAUCUCACAGGAGAGUGGUGUAGAUGAAAGGCUUUCAGUCACUUUUGUUACAGGUUGUUUGAUCAGAUCCUCCACUAUCUUUACAAUAUGUCUGCUGUAACAUAACAUUGUUAUACUGACCUGCUCUGUCUCAUUCCCCUGUUUUACAUAACAUUGUUAUACUGACCUGCUCUGUCUCAUUCCCCUGUUUUGUCCCUCAGCGAGCUGGACUACUAUGACUCGCCCAGCGUGAACGCUCGCUGCCAGAACAUCUGUGACCAAUGGGACGCCCUGGGAGCCCUGACUCAGAAACGCAGCGAGGCUCUGCAGGUACAGUAGGAGGGGCUUAGUGGGGUGGGGCUCUGCAGGCAUAGUAGGAGGGGCUUAGUGGGGUGGGGCUCUGCAGGUACAGUAGGAGGAGCUUACUGGGGUGGGGCUCUGCAGGCAUAGUAGGAGGGGCUUAGUGGGGAGUAGCACUGCAGGUACAGUAGGACAGUAGGAGGGGCUUAGUGGGGCGGGGCUCUGCAGGCAUAGUAGGAGGGGCUUAGUGGGGCAGGGCUCAGCGGGUACAGUGGAGGGGCUUAGUGGGUCGUGGUCCUGGCGGGAUGUAUUCCUAUAGGUAGGAGGGGCUUAUCAGGGUGUGUCUCUGUGUGGUUCUAUAGGUAGGAGGGGCUUAUCAGGGUGUGUCUCUGUGUGGUCUAUAGGUAGGAGGGGCUUAUCAGGGUGUGUCUUUGUCUACAGGGAGGAGGUGCUUACUGGGCAGUGGUCCUUUAAGUAGUAGGAGCCUAUCAUAGAUCAUGGAAAUGUAAUUACUAGAAGGGACAAAGCCCAAGCCUCUGAGACCUCGGAACGUUCACUUGAAUGGGAAUUUAUUUCUAUGGUGCUGACAGGAGGCAGAAAAGAGACAAUCCAAUACUGAUAUAUACUGAUAUAUACUGUAUAUGUAAGAUGUUCUCUACAUUACUUUGGAAAUAAUGGACGACGCAGCGGGACGAGGGGGAGCCGAGUAAUGUACAGAACUGAGGCGUUUAUCCCGCUUAUACCACAGUUGCCAAAGAAAACAUAUGAAAAGCACACAUUUACCGGUAUAAAUACUUUUGUUGUUGUUGUUGAUAUUUUCAUUUUUAUAAAGUGAAUUCAUACUUUCUCAUCUUUUGGGUGCUAGAAACGCCACCCAGUCGUUCGUUCUUUACGUUCCUUUAAGUUCUCAUCCUUUGCUAGCUAGCUAGCUAGCUACAGCUAACACAAACAUGACCUUUGCAGCCAGAAUAACAGCAAAGUAGCUGUUUUCUACUGACAUUCAUUUGGACACAUCCAUAACAUUGAGUUGGUAAUUGAGUUUGUUGCUAGCUAACCUGCCAAUAUGACAACUGAAUUCAAAAAUACCAUUUGCUGAAAACAGCUGCUCAAACUAUAAACGUGGGAGGGGAGCAGCAGAGGGGAGCGGAGAAAUUCAUGUUCAUCACUAACCACGUUAGGAUCAGCGUUUAAAAUGUAUCCCAUUUCAGUUUGUGGAGUUGUUGGUUUAGCUUUCUGUACGGUCGGCAUGUGUAGGCGCGUAAUUGCGUCAUGAUUGCAAGUGUCACGAUAUUUUUUUACAACUGUCCUAUUAUCUGGUUGUCCAUUCUAAAAUGCCCUUCUAGCCAAUCAGAAAUGAGUAUUCAACAAUGCUGUGGUAUAAAUAUAUAUAUAUAAAUUCGAUCAAUUAGAUGCUCAAUUCAGUUUGUUGGUCCAUAAGUUCCAUGCUUAAUAUGAGCCGGAACUGCUCAUAGGCUUAUGCCUAAUAACGAAAUACUCUUUUUCUGUGGUGUUUCUUUGUGUGAAACCAACAGAGAACUGAGAAGCUUCUGGAGACCAUAGACCAGUUAUAUCUUGAGUUUGCCAAACGAGCUGCUCCGUUCAACAACUGGAUGGAGGGCGCCAUGGAGGACCUGCAGGACACCUUCAUCGUCCACACCAUAGAGGAAAUACAGGUUAGAACUGUAGAUGCACACACGCGCACACACACACGCGCACACAAACACACACACACACACACGCGCACACACACACACACACACGCACACACACACGCACACGCACGCGCACACACACACGCACACACACACACACACGCACGCACACACAAACACACGCACACACAUACGCACACACACACGCACACACACACACGCACACACACACACACGCACACACAAACACACGCACACACACACACGCACACACACCAGGCAGACACACAGGCAUGCACAAAUGCGCACUAACUCACGCAAACACACAUACAUUUGAUCCUGUGUAUCUCUCUCUCUUUUCCCUCCCAGGGUCUCAGUACAGCCCAUGAGCAGUUUAAAGCCACUCUCCCUGAGGCGGAUAAGGAACGCGGUGCCAUCCUGGGAAUUCACAAUGAGAUCGCCAAGAUAGUGGCCACCUACCAUGUGAACAUGGCCGGCACCAACCCCUACACCACCAUCAACCCUCAGGAGAUCAACGCCAAGUGGGACAAGGUAUGUGACAAGCAACAUGCUCAGGGGAUCAACACCAAGUGUAUGGGACAAGUGUAUGGGACAAGCAACAUGCUCAUUGGAGUCCAUACAGUGACUUGACUUCUAUCCACAUCUACCUAAUAUGCAUACCUGUGAUAUUGUAAACCUUAUCUGUCUCAUCUAGUCUCUAGGUGAAUUUGUUCUACCUUGGCCCAUGGUAGGCCUAGUUUGCACUUUAGGACCGAUGGAAUGGUCUAAAAUGUGCUAACAGUGUACAUCCAGUGCCCUGGGCAAGCCCCUUUCCUUUAUGACUGGAACCCUUUCUCCUGUCCCCCCCCCCCGCCACCCCACCCCCCCCCCGCCCCCCCAGGUGAGACAGCUGGUGCCCCAGAGGGACCAGGCCCUGAUCGAGGAACACGCCCGCCAGCAGAACAACGAACGUCUCCGGAGGCAGUUUGCCAACCAAGCCAAUGUCAUCGGGCCCUGGAUACAAACCAAGAUGGAGGUGAGUAUAGACAGAACAGAGCAGGUAGAGUUGGUACUGGACAGAACAGAGCAGGUAGAGUUGGUACUGGACAGAACAGAGCAGGUAGAGUUGGGACUGGAUAGAACAGAGCAGGUAGAGUUGGUACUGGACAGAACAGAGCAGGUAGAGUUGGGACUGGACAGAACAGAGCAGGUAGAGUUGGUACUGGACAGAGCAGAGCAGGUAGAGUUGGUACUGGACAGAGCAGAGCAGGUAGAGUUGGGACUGGACAGAACAGAGCAGGUAGAGUUGGUACUGGACAGAACAGAGCAGGUAGAGUUGGUACUGGACAGAACGGAGCAGGUAGAGUUGGUACUGGACAGAACAGAGCAGGUAGAGUUGGUACUGGACAGAACAGAGCAGGUAGAGUUGGGACUGGACAGAACAGAGCAGGUAGAGUUGGUACUGGACAGAACAGAGCAGGUAGAGUUGGUACUGGACAGAACAGAGCAGGUAGAGUUGGGACUGGACAGAACAGAGCAGGUAGAGUUGGUACUGGACAGAACAGAGCAGGUGGAGUUGGGACUGGACAGAACAGAGCAGGUAGAGUUGGUACUGGACAGAAACAGAGCAGGUAGAGUUGGGACUGGGACAGAACAGAGCAGGUAGAGUUGGUACUGGACAGAGCAGAGCAGGUCGAGUUGGUACUGGACAGAACAGAGCAGGUAGAGUUGGGACUGGACAGAACAGAGCAGGUAGAGUUGGUACUGGACAGAACAGAGCAGGUAGAGUUGGUACUGGACAGAACAGAGCAGGUAGAGUUGGGACUGGACAGAACAGAGCAGGUAGAGUUGGUACUGGACAGAACAGAGCAGGUAGAGUUGGUACUGGACAGAACAGAGCAGGUAGAGUUGGGACUGGACAGAACAGAGCAGGUAGAGUUGGGUACUGGACAGAACAGAGCAGGUAGAGUUGGGACUGGAUUAGAACAGAGCAGGUAGAGUUGGUACUGGACAGAACAGAGCAGGUAGAGUUGGGACUGGACAGAACAGAGCAGGUAGAGUUGGUAUGGACAGAGCAGAGCAGGUAGAGUUGGUACUGGACAGAGCAGAGCAGGUAGAGUUGGGACUGGACAGAACAGAGCAGGUAGAGUUGGUACUGGACAGAACAGAGCAGGUAGAGUUGGUACUGGACAGAACGGAGCAGGUAGAGUUGGUACUGGACAGAACAGAGCAGGUAGAGUUGGUACUGGACAGAACAGAGCAGGUAGAGUUGGGACUGGAUAGAACAGAGCAGGUAGAGUUGGUACUGGACAGAACAGAGCAGGUAGAGUUGGGACUGGACAGAACAGAGCAGGUAGAGUUGGUACUGGACAGAGCAGAGCAGGUAGAGUUGGUACUGGACAGAGCAGAGCAGGUAGAGUUGGGACUGGACAGAACAGAGCAGGUAGAGUUGGUACUGGACAGAACAGAGCAGGUAGAGUUGGUACUGGACAGAACGGAGCAGGUAGAGUUGGUACUGGACAGAACAGAGCAGGUAGAGUUGGUACUGGACAGAACAGAGCAGGUAGAGUUGGGACUGGACAGAACAGAGCAGGUAGAGUUGGUACUGGACAGAACAGAGCAGGUAGAGUUGGUACUGGACAGAACAGAGCAGGUAGAGUUGGGACUGGACAGAACAGAGCAGGUAGAGUUGGUACUGGACAGAACAGAGCAGGUGGAGUUGGGACUGGACAGAACAGAGCAGGUAGAGUUGGUACUGGACAGAACAGAGCAGGUAGAGUUGGGACUGGACAGAACAGAGCAGGUAGAGUUGGUACUGGACAGAGCAGAGCAGGUCGAGUUGGUACUGGACAGAACAGAGCAGGUAGAGUUGGGACUGGACAGAACAGAGCAGGUAGAGUUGGUACUGGACAGAACAGAGCAGGUAGAGUUGGUACUGGACAGAACAGAGCAGGUAGAGUUGGUACUGGACAGAAACAGAGCAGGUAGAGUUGGGGACUGGACAGAACAGAGGCAGGUAGAGUUGGUACUGGACAGAACAGAGCAGGUAGAGUUGGUACUGGACAGAACAGAGCAGGUAGAGUUGGGACUGGACAGAACAGAGCAGGUAGAGUUGGUACUGGACAGAACAGAGCAGGUAGAGUUGGUACUGGACAGAACAGAGCAGGUAGAGUUGGGACUGGACAGAACAGAUCAGGUAGAGUUGGGACUGGACAGAACAGAGCAGGUAGAGUUGGUACUGGACAGAACAGAGCAGGUAGAGUUGGUACUGGACAGAGCAGAGCAGGUAGAGUUGGUACUGGACAGAACAGAGCAGGUAGAGUUGGUACUGGACAGAACAGAGCAGGUAGAGUUGGUACUGGACAGAGCAGAGCAGGUAGAGUUGGUACUGGACAGAACAGAGCAGGUAGAGUUGGGACUGGACAGAACAGAGCAGGUAGAGUUGGUACUGGACAGAACAGAGCAGGUAGAGUUGGUACUGGACAGAGCAGAGCAGGUAGAGUUGGUACUGGACAGAACAGAGCAGGUAGAGUUGGUACUGGACAGAACAGAGCAGGUAGAGUUGGUACUGGACAGAGCAGAGCAGAGCAGAGAUGACAAUUUUUACUUAAACUUCAACUGACUGGUGAUCACAGAGUCCUUUGAGGGAUUGUCAUGAAUAUCAAAAUACCAUAGUGCUUUGAUAAGACAUUCUUAAUCUUAUCACCCCUGUCAUCCUUAAUCUUAUCACCCCUGUCAUCCUUAAUCUUAUCACCCCUGUCGUCCUCAAAAACAAUUUUGUUUGUGUUCUCAUUCCUGUUUGCUGUUCACAAUCUCAUUCAAACAUUCUCUCCAAUCUCUCCAGUAGGUCGUGAUUCACCCUCUCCUCACGUCCUCUCCUGUCUUUCCUCCCACUUCUCUCUCUGCAGGAGAUUGGUCGUAUCUCUAUCGAGAUGCACGGAACCCUGGAGGAUCAGCUGACCCACCUCCGCCAAUAUGAGAAGAACAUCGUCAACUACAAGCCAAAGAUCGACCAAUUGGAGGGAGACCACCAGCUGAUCCAGGAAGCUCUGAUCUUCGACAACAAGCACACCAACUACACCAUGGAGGUAAUAAACACACAACUACACACAACUACACAACUACACCACACACAACUUCACACAACUACACAACUACACAACUACACACAACUACACAACUACACACAACUACACACAACUACACACAACUACACAACUACACAACUACACAACACACAACUACACAACUACACAACACACAACUACACAACUACACAACACACAAACUACACAACUACACAACACACAACUACACAACUACACCACACACAACUACACAACACACAACUACACAACUACACAACACACAACUACACAACUACACAACUACAUAACUACACAACUACACACAACUACACCAUGGAGGUAAGAAACACACAACACUGUCCGAGAGAAGGUACAAUUUGAUCUUUGCUGAUCACCAUCACAGAUCCCAAGAGUGGGUACAAGUUGAUCUUUGCUGAUCACAAGAGAGGGUACAGGUGGGACAGAGUAGAUUAUCUGAUCUUACGACUAACAUCUUCAGUCUUCUUGGUGUCUCGUCAUCUUUUUCAACUUCUUUCUUUCAAUUCAAAUUUCUCUCUUUCUCGCUCUCUCUCUCCCUGUUCUCUCUCUCUCUCUCUACCUGUCUAUCUAUUUAUCUCUCUCUCCCUCUGUCUCCCUCCCUCUCCCCUCCUCUCCCUCUCUCGUCCUCCCUGCAGCAUAUCCGUGUGGGCUGGGAGCAGCUCCUCACCACCAUCGCCAGAACCAUCAACGAGAUCGAGAACCAGAUUCUGACGCGGGAUGCCAAGGGCAUCAGCCAGGACCAGAUGAACGAGUUCAGAGCCUCCUUCAACCACUUCGACAGGGUCAGUUUCACAGGGAAGAGACCACACAGGGAGGAAGAGGUGGUGUGGGGGGGGUAGACCUCCCAUACAGGGAGGAAGAGGUGGUGUGGGGGGGGUAGACCUCCCAUACAGGGAGGAAGAGGUGGUGUGGGGGGGGGUAGACCUCCCAUACAGGGAGGAAGAGGUGGUGUGGGGGGGUAGACCUCCCAUACAGGGAGGAAGAGGUGGUGUGGGGGGGUAGACCUCCCAUACAGGGAGGAAGAGGUGGUGUGGGGGGGGUAGACCUCCCAUACAGGGAGGAAGAGGUGGGUGUGGGGGGGGUAGACCUCCCAUACAGGGAGGAAGAGGUGGUGUGGGGGGGGGGGGGUAGACAUCCCAUACAGGGAGGAAGAGGUGGUGUGGGGGGGGUAGACCUCCCAUACAGGGAGGAAGAGGUGGUGUUGUGGGGGGGGGGGGGGGUAGACCUCCCAUACAGGGAGGAAGAGGUGGUGUGGGGGGUAGACCUCCCAUACAGGGAGGAAGAGGUGGUGUGGGGGGGGGGUAGACCUCCCAUACAGGGAGGGGGAAAAGGUGGUGUGGGGUUGUAGACCUCCCAUACAGGAGGAAGAAGGUGGUGUUGGGGGGGGGGUAUACCUCCAUACAGGGAGGAAGAGGUGGUGGGGGGGUAGACCUCCCUAAAGGGGGGAGAGGUGGGGUGGGGGGGUAGACCUCCCAUACAAGGAGGAAGAGGUGGUGUGGGGGGGGGGGUUUGACCUCCCAUACAGGGAGAAGAGGUGGUGUGGGGGGGUUAGACCUCCCAUAAGGGAGGAAAGAGGUGGUGUGGGGGGUAGACCUCCCAUACAGGGAGGAAGAGUGGUGUGGGGGGGGGGUAGACCUCCCAUACAGGGAGGAAGAGGGGGUGUGGGGGGGGGGGGGGGGGGGGGGGGGGGGGGGGGGGGGGGUGGGGGGGGGGGGGGGGGGGGUUAGACUCCCAUACAGGGAGGAAGAGGUGUGUGGUGGGGGGGUGGUAGACCUCCCAUACAGGAGGAAGAGGUUGGUGUGGGGGGGUAGACCUCCCCAUACAGGGAGGAGAGGUGGGGUGGGGGGGGGGUAGACCUCCCAUACAGGGAGGAAGAGGUUGGGUGUGUGGGGUGGUAGACCCUCCAUACAGGAGUAAUGAGGUUGUGUGGGGGGGGGGUAGCCUCCCAUACAUGGGGAGGAAGAGGUGGUGUGGGGGGGGGGUAGACCUCCCAACAGGGAGGAAGAGUUGGUGUGGGGGGGUAGACCUCCCAGCGGGGAGGAAGAGGUGGUGUGGGGUGGGUAGACCUCCAUACCGGGAGGAAGAGGUGUGGGGGGGGUAGACCACUAGUUACUAUCUACUGUGCAGUACACUCAUAUUGUCUACCUUCUGAAUAGAAUGGAUCUGAAUAUUGUUAUGGACAAUGUGUUUUCCACAUAUGUAGGCCACAUCAGCAAAGCGAGGCGGUUGAGUUUGUUGUGGGGUCAUUUGGACCAGUUAAAUCCUCUCAUAGUGGGACUACAAUAGAUGACUUGUAAUUGGUUUGUUUCCCCUCCCCUCUGUCAUCCUCCCAUCCUCUUUUUCCUCCCCUUCCUUUCUCCUCCCUCCUCUCCUCCCCUCCUGUCAUCCUCCCUCCUCAUCCUCCCCUCCUGUCCCUCCCUCCUCUGCCUCCCGUCCUUUCAAUUUAGCCUCCUCCUCUCCUCCCCCCCUUCAUCCUCGCCUCCUCUCCUCACCCCCUGCCGUCUCCUCCCCCUCUCCUCCCCUCCUGCAAUCCUCCCUCCUCCCCUCCCCUCCUGCAUCCUCUCCUUCUCUCCUGUCCCUUCUUUCAGCCUCCCUCCUCCUCCUCCCCCUCCUUCAUCCUCCCCUCCCUCUCCUCCCCUCCUGCAAUCUCCUCCUCUCCUCCCCUCCUUCAUCUUCCCUCCUCCCCCCCCUCCCCUCCUGUCAUCCUCCCUCCUCUCCUCCCCUCCGUCUCUUCCCUCCUCCCCUCUCCCUGCCUUUCAUCCUCCCCUCCUCUCCUCGUCCCCCCUCCGUCAUUCUUUCCCUCCACCCUCCCCUCCUGUCAUCCUCCCUCCUCCCCUCCUUCAAUCCCUCCCUCCUCCCUCCGCCCCUCUUUCAUCCUCCCUCCUCUCCUCCCUCCGUCAUCCUCCCUCUCCCUCCCCCCUUCAUCUCCCUCCUCCCCCUCCCCCUCCUUUCAUCCUCCUCCUCUCCUCCCCUCCUUUCACCCCUCCCCCCGCCCUCCCCCCUCCCCUCACCCCAUUGUUCAUCAAUAAAUCAAAUACCUCAUCAAUACUAAAGAGGAGUCCUAAAGUAAGGCAACCUACUAUGUAGCCGUUGUAGUGUCUGUCUUUCUGUUCUUGGGCAUAUUUGUCAUGUCUUUCCACUUGGUCAAGAUGAGGGAGCAUUUAAAAGCCUUUUUAGGGGGGUGAGUUUCUCUCUGAUGUGGAGUCUUUAGGAGAAAAAUAUAUAGGGAAACUUUGCCCUGAGAAAUGGCUGUCGACCAGGGGUCUUCAAACCGGUGACCCAGGGACCCCCGCCCAGGCAAACCGGUGACCCAGGGACCCUCGCCCAGGCAAACCGGUGACCCAGGGAUCCUCGCCCAGGCAAACCGGUGACCCAGGGACCCCGCCCAGGCACCGGUUGACCCAGGGACCCCCGCCCAGGCAAAACCAGGUGACCCAGUGACCCCCGCCCAUGCCCCGGUGACCCAGGGACCACCCUCGCCCGGCAAACCGGUGACCCAGGGACCCUCGCCCAUGCACCACCGGUUGACCCAGGGACCCCCGCCCAGGCAAACCGGUGACCCAAGGACCCCCAUCAUAUGUUACCAAAAUAUACUUUUUUUUUCAUAUGUUUGGUCUUAUAAUCAUUUUCCUGCGAUUCUACACAUUUUGCCAUGACUAAUGCCAUGUUCAUAUGAUAUCCGAGUGAGAGUGACUAACAAAAUCAAUGGGCGCCCCCUGGAGGUCAGGGCCCCUGAGCAUGUGCCCUGCAUGCCCGGUCAGUAAGCUAAUUCAGCCAUGAUUACUCCUAGGUUUAGAUAGCUGGCUAGACUAACUUACCUAGCAAUAUUUUGUUGUUGUUGCUAAUUUAGUGACUGUGCCUUAUGACACAGUGCACACGAAAUGUGCACACAAAUGUAGUACGAAAAUGCAUUUUUCACUCUAAAACCGAGAUGUUUUUGUUAAAUAGCUAAUUGGUGGGGCCUACUCCUGGUCUUGGCAGGUGCACUCUACUAGCCACCAGCUCCCAGAGACAGUGUGGAUCGGCUGUCUAGUAGGCUACCCUACAUGAUGACUUAGUUAUGGGUAAAGAGUGCUGGCUAGUAGGCUAGGCUAAUGAAUGACAUUAUUAUGGAUAGAGCGCUGUGCUAGUAGGCUAGUCUACAUGAUGACAUUAUUAUGGAUAAAGGGCUGGUGGCUAGAUAGGCAGGCUACAUGAUGACAUUAUUAUGGAUAGAAGCGAGAAUAGGUUUUAUUUGGUCAACUGCAGACAAGCAUCGAUCAUCAUGUCACCAAACUAAGACCCUCGAUCAUUUAUUGAAAUGAGCAAUCAAGCUCCUCUGUAGCUCAUCUGGUAGAGGCACGGCGCUUGUUAUGCCAAGGUAGUGGUUCGAUCCCCGGGACCACCCAUAACAAAAAAAAUGUAGGCACGCAUGACUGUAAGUCGCUUUUGGAUAAAAAGCGUCUGCUAAUGGCAUAUUUUAUUAUUAUUACACCGUGCAUUUACCACCCUGUGAUAAGAGCCUAUUUAAUCUGUAGCCAAUAAACUGCCCGGUUAUUCCUCCCAGUCGUAAGAGGGAGAACCUCCACACCGUAUCAUCUCGUGACUCCCAAGUGUACUUCAAUAUGACGGUUGUUAUAUCAAUAUUUGUGCAUACAGGCGUUUCCACCGCCAUUUCUCGCAUAAUCAAUUUUAUCUGUCGGCAUUUAUAAAAUUGUACCGAGACGUCCUAUUUCCAUCUCAGCUGUCGUGAUUUUUUUUUUGUGUAAUUUCAAUUAGGAUAAAAUCAAGUAAUCUACUUUCUACUGUAGAUAUGUAGUUCAAAAUGAGUUUAUUCUGUUGUUACUAGCGAUAGGCCUAUUCAUAAAAACAUUUAAUGUAAAGAAAAAAUGUAACAACUUUUUUUAUAAAAAAAAUAUUUCUGCGGACCCCCUGCAGUACCUCUGCGGACCCCCUUCCCCAGUUUGAAUAUCCCUGUCGUAGACCCCUAUUGCUAUUAGGGAUUUACAGCCAAGGGAAAACUAUGUGGUGCUAUGGUCCCAAACUCGGUCCCAGAGGGCACAUUUCGUUUUUUGCACUAACACUACACAGCUGAAUCAACUCAUCGUCGAGCUUUGAUUAAUUGAAUCAGCUGUGUAGUGCUAUGGCAAAGACCAAAACGUGCCCCCCCCUUGGUGUCCCCAGUACAGAGUUUGGGAAACGCUGUGUAACUGUCACGGAUUCUGCCGAGGCUCCUCCUCCUCCUUGCUCGGGCAGGAUUCGGCGUUCGUCGUCCCCGGAGUACUAGCUACUGCCGAUCUAUGUUUGUCUUGUUUUGUCUAGAUUAGUACACCUGUUGCCUAUUAGUUUUGAUUACUGUCACGGAUUCUGCCGAAGCCUGCCCGAGCAAGGAGGAGGAGCAUCCUCGGCAGAAUCCGUGACAGUUACAGUAUAUGAUGUAAAAUGAAUGAUACCUUGUACUGUCUACUAUAGCCUAAUAGCCCGCCACACUGCACCUAACAGCUCUGAAUGCCUCCAUGCCACACAGCAGUGUGUCACAGCACCUCACCUCAGGUCCUAAUGUUUGGCACUGUUUUGUUUUCUGUCUCUUCUUGUGCAUGGCCCCGACCCCUUACCAACCGUCCACCCCAACCCCUUAUCAACCAUCCACCCCUAUCCCCAACCCCUUAUCAACCAUCCACCCCUAUCCCCGACCCUUAUCAACCAUUCCACCCUAUCCCCAACACCUUAUCAACCACCACCCAUAUCCCCAACCCCUUAUCAACCAUCCACCCCUAUCCCCAACCCCUUUUACCCAUUCACCCUUAAUCCAACCCCUUAUCAACCAUCAACCCUAUCCCCCACCCCUUUAUCAACGUCCAACCCCCCAUCCUUCCCUAACCCCUUAUCCCAUCCACCCCUAUCCCCACCUUAUCAAUCGUCCCACCAUAUCCCCAACCCCUUAUCAACCAUCCACCCCUAUCCCCAACCCCUUAUCAACCAUCCACCCCGACCCAACACCUUAAUCACCAUCCAUCACCCAUAUCCCCACCCCAUUCUCAACCCAUCCACCCUAUCCCCACCCCUUAUUAAAACCCAUCCACCCUUAAUCCCAACCCUUAUCAACCAUCCACCCCUAUCCCACCCCCCUUAUCAACCAUCACCCAUCCCUAUACCCCUAAUCAACCAUCCACCCCUAUCCCCAACACCUUAUCAACCAUCCACCCCUAUCCCCACCCCUUAUCAACCAUCCACCCCUAUCCCCAACCCCUUAUCAAACGUCCACCCAUAUCCCCACCCCUUAUCAACCAAUCCCCCCUAUCCCCAACCCCUUUUAUCAACCAUCCCCCCUAUCCCAACCCCUUUCAACCGUCCACCCCUCUCCCAACCCCUUAUCACCAUCCCCCCUAUCCCCAACUCCUAUCCAAAAACCAGCCCCCCUAUCCCCAACAAACACCUUAUCAACACCAUCCACCAUAAUCACCAACCCCUUAUCAACCAUCCAACCCAUAUCCCCAACCCCUUAUCAACCAUCCACCCCAUCCCCACCCCGUAUCAAACCAUCCCCCAUAUCCCCACCCUUAUCAACCGGCCACCCCUAUCCCCAACCCCUUAUCAACCAUCCCACCCAUACCCCAACCCCUUAUCAACCAUCCACCCAUAUCCCCAACCCCUUAUCAACCAUCCACCCAUAUCCCAACCCUUAUCAACCAUCCACCCAUAUCCCCAACCCCUUAUCAACCAUCCACCCAUAUCCCCAACCCCUUAUCAACCAUCCACCCCAUAUCAACGUCCACCCCUAUCCCCCAACACCUUAUCAAUCAUCCACCCCAAUCCCCAACCCCUUAUCAACCAUCCACCCCUAUCCCCAACCCCUUAUCAACCAUCCACCCCUAUCCCCAACCCCUUAUCAACCAUCCACCCCUAUCCCCCAACCCUUAUCAACCAUCCACCCCAAUUCCCAAUACAAUACCCCCUCUCCAUCUGCAUGACGCACCUCCACCACCUCUCCUACCCACCCCCACCCUCUCCUAUCCACCCCACCCCCUCACCUCCACUCCGCACCCACCUGGCCCACACCCACCUGGCCUUUGGCACCUGGCACACCUGGUUGGCCCCCCACCGCACCUGACACCCCAGGACCACUCGGGCACUCUGGGGGCUGAGGAGUUCAAGGCCUGCCUGAUCAGCCUGGGCUUCGAUAUAGCCAACGAUGCACAGGUACUGAGUUAACGAUGUUGCUUUGUUUUGUUCUCUUUCUCUACCCCCCCUCUACCUCCCUCUAACCUCCCUCUAACUCCCUCUACACCCCCUCUACUACCCCCCUCUACCUCCCUCUACAUCCCUCUACCUCCCUCUACACCCCUCUACCUCCCUCUACCUCCCUCUACCUCCCUCUACCCCCCUCUCCCUCCCUCUACCUCCCUCUACCUCCCUCUCUACCUCCCUCUACCCCCCUCUACCUCCCUCUACCCCCCUCUACCUCCCUCUACCCCCCCUAACCCCCCUCUACCUCCCUCUACCCCCUCUACCUCCUCUACCCCCCUACCCCCUCUACCCUCCCUCUACCUCCCUCUACCCCCUCUACCCUCCCUCUACCCUACCCCCCUCUACCUACCCCCCUCUACCUCCCUCUACUACCCCCUCUACCCCCCUUACCUCCCUCUACCCCUACCCCCCCUUACUCCCUCUACCCCCCUCUACCCCCCUCUACCUCCCUCUAUACCCCCCUCUCCUCUACCCCCCCUCUACCUCCCUCAAACCCCCCUUACCCCCCCUCCCCCCUUACCCCUCUACCCCUCUCCCUCUACCCUCCCCCUCUACCCGUCCUCUACCCCCUUAACCUCCCUCUACCCCUCCCUCUAACCCCCCCUCUACCUCCCCUACCCCCUACCCUUACCCCCCUUACCUCCCUCUACCCCCUCUACCCCCCUCUACCCCUUACCCCCCUCUACCCCCCUACCUCUACCCCCCUCUACCUCCCCUACCUCUCUACCCCCUCUACCCCUCUAACCUCCCUCUACCCCCCUCUAACCCCUCCCCUCUACCCCCUCUACCCCCUUACCCCCCUCUACCCUCCCUCCUACCCCCCUCUACCCCCCUCUAACCCCCUUACCUCCCUCUACCCUCCUCUAUCCCCUUACCUCCCUCUACCCCCCCCCCCCCCUCUACCCCCUCCCUCUACCCCCCCUCUACCUCCCUCUACCCCCCCCCUCUACCUAACCCCUCUACCCCCCCCCUCUAUCCCCAUCCGUCCCUCUACCCCCCCUCUACCUCCCUCUACCCCUACCCCCCUCUAACCCCCUUACCUCCCUCUACCCCCCUCUACCCCUCUCUAACCCUACCCCCCUCUACCCCCUCUACCUCCCUCUACCCCUCACCCCUCUACCCCUCUACCUCCCUCUACCCCCCCACCCCCCCUCUACCUCCCUCUCUAACCCCCCUAACCUCCCUCUACCUACCCCCCUCUGAAACCCCUCUAACCCAUCUCUAUCCUCCUUACCUCACCAAGUCCCUCUAUCCCCCCUUACCUCCCUCUACCCCCUUAAUACCCCCCCUUACCUACCCCCCCCCCCCCCAAUACCUCCUCCUCCUUCGUUCCUCCUCCGUACUGUUUGUCCCUCUCUGGUACCUGUAGAAGAAAACAGGGAUGAUGGAGGCUGAAGACUUCAAAACCUGCCUUAUCUCCCUCGGUUACAACAUGGUAAAGCCAAACCAGUCAACUAUCCUCCUCUGUUUACUUACGAAUGCAUCAAUAUGUGUUAGUCUGCCUUGUAGUCAUUGGUGGAAAGGUAACAACUGUUCACUUGUCUCUUCAAGAUCAGUCUGCAUUGAAUUGGAAACAUAUAGUCCACCGAUCACGAUCACAUGGAUUGUCACCAGAGAAUCGUCUCUUGUCUCUUAUUAACAUCACUGGAAUAAUAAUAGUAAUAAUAAUAAUAAUCACAUUAAUAUCACUGUAUAAACAUUCUAGUUUGUGUGCUGUCUCUAUAGCCUGGUCCCUGUCACAUCUGUUUGUGCUGUCAUACAAUGACCAUAGUUGGCAAGACAGCACAAACAGAUCUGGAAACCAGGCUACUGUCUAUGUGUACGGCGUCCCAAAUGGCCCUACAUAGUGCGCAACUUUUGACCAGAGCCCAAUGGGCCCCACGAUGGUCCCCAUGGUGAUAGUGUUCAUGGCUCCUGUCCUAUAGGGUGAAGCGGAAUUCUCUCGCAUCAUGAGCAUCGUGGAUCCCAACCGGGUGGGCGUGGUCACGUUCCAGUCCUUCAUAGACUUCAUGUCCCGGGAGACGGCCGACACUGACACCGCUGACCAGGUCAUGGCCUCCUUCAAGGUCCUGGCUGGGGACAAGGUACUCAGGGACGGGGAUGGUGGAUUGCGGGUCUGUGUACCCACACACACACACACACACACACACAGACACACACACACACACACAGUCAGAGUCAGCCCUAGCCCAAAUCGAAAUCUUGACAGCGGAGAGUUUGAGUUAAUUUUCUGCAAAUCUACACAUUUUGCCAUGGGGCAAAGAGAAAAUGUUGCAGUUUUAAAGCAAUUCUACACAUUUUGCCAUAAGGUAGAGACAAAUGUUUGCAGUUUUUAAAGGCCCAGUGCAGUCCAAAACCUCAUUUUCCUACAUUUUAUAUAUAUUUCCACACUGAGGUUGGAAUAAUACAGUCAGUCAGUAAGUCAAUCAAUCCAAUGUAUUCAUAAAGCUAAUUGAAAGCAAGUCUAAGAAGUGGUAGAUCUGUUCUAUGUGAGCUAUUUCUAUGCUUCCCGUUGUUAAGUUUUGUUUUUGCGUCUUACUUUCGGUUUUGUACACCAGCUUCAAACAGCUGAAAAUACAAUAUUUUUGGUUAUUGAAAAUAUAUUUCACAGCGGUUUCGAUGGUACAAUGAUUCUCUACAUUCUGAGUGCUUGUUUUGUCACAAACUAAAAACCAGGAAAUGGCGGAGCGAUUUUUGCUUAUUGCACAUUUAAGUAGUAAAGUAUUUUUACUUACUUACUUUACGCCAAGUCAUGCUUAGGGCCUCCAAAAGGCUAGAGGCGUUUAGAAUGUGUUGAUAGGUGUCAAGUUAUAUGGCUACAAUUUGUGUGAUUUUAUGAUUGCUCACUGCAACCUGGGCGGCAGGUAGCUUAGUGGUUAAGAGUGUUGUGCCAGUAACCGAAAGGGCGCUGGUUCUAAUCCCCGAGCCGACUAGGUGAAAAAUCUGCCGAUGUGCCCUUGAGCAAGGCACUUAACCCUAAUUGCUCCUGUAAGUCGCUCUGGAUAAGAGCGUCUGCUAAAUGUCUCAAAUGUAAAAAGCUAUUGUUUACCUUUUUAUUUCUAAAUACAUAAUGCCUAUUUGUUUGGCCCGCGGCCCAACACUCAGAUUAUAUUUUGGCCCAACAAGCCCAAUAGUUUGAGCACCCCUCGACUAUUCUUACCUUCUCCUCUCCCCUACACCAGAACUACAUCCUGGCCGAUGAGCUUCGUCGUGAGUUGCCUCCUGACCAGGCAGAGUACUGCAUCGCCCGCAUGGCUCCCUACGCCGGCCCUGACGCCAUACCCGGUGCCCUCGACUACAUGUCCUUCUCCACCGCACUCUACGGAGAGAGUGACCUC